AUGGCCAGAGCAGACGAGUACAAGAGCGAGGAGUCGCAGCCGCUCACGGGAACCACACAACAUAACGCCGACGACGAUGAUGCUCACCCACGUCCCUCCCUCUCCUCGGCCUCGACAACCUCCCUCGUCCUCGAGCACGUCUCAGACAAAGCAGCGAAGGACUACCUCUACAGAGACGGGCCAGAGUCGUCCCUCGACAUAGAAGACCAACUAGCCUGGAAACGACAACAGAAACCAUCAGACAGCAAGACUCGGCGUAUCUUCUACAUCCUCCUGGCCAUUGGAGUAGUGGGAUGGGUAGCAGCCUUCUUCCUCUUCCUGAGCCAAGACAGACAUGUAUCGCAUGCGCAACGCCCUCAUGAUCCGCACGCCACAAGUACGGUGGGGAAUGGGAAGAAAGUGGAGCUCGAGCAGGUGUUGACGGGACAGUGGGCGGCGAGACAACAUGCUAUUCAGUGGAUUGCUGGACCGGAUGGGGAGGAUGGAUUAUUGCUUGAACGUGGUGGAGCGGAGGGGAGGGACUAUCUAGUUGUGGAGGACGUGCGGUAUAGAGGCGAAACCAUCGACAUCCAAAAGGAGCAUAGUAAGACUUUGAUGAAGAGCGGGACGUUCACGGUAGGCAGUGAGGAAGUGAGGACGAAUGAAGUGUGGGUGAGCUCAGAUCAUAAGAAAGUGCUGGUGCAGAGCGAUUACGCUAGUCAGUGGCGGCAUAGCAAUACGGGACGAUAUUGGAUCUUUGAUAUCGAAUCGCAGACUGGACAGCCUCUAGAUCCUGGCAAUUUGCAUGGACGCGUUCAGACAGCUUCGUGGAGUCCGGCUGCUGAUGCCGUGGUGUUCACGCGGGACAACAAUAUGUUUAUUCGGCAUCUUGACUCCGACGUCGUUACCAACAUCACCAACGACGGCGGCACAGAGAUCUUUUACGGUGUCCCUGACUGGGUUUAUGAAGAAGAGGUCCUAGCUGAUGGCUCUGCGACAUGGUGGUCAGGCGAUGGGAAAUUCGUUGCUUUCUUCCGAACAGACGAGAGCAAAGUGCCCAGCUUCCCGGUGCAGUACUUCUUCAGCAGACCUUCGGGUACGAAGCCCAGUGAGGGUGAAGAGAACUAUCCUGAGACCAGAGAGAUCAAGUAUCCGAAAGCUGGGGCGCCAAUGAGUGUGGUGAUCCUGCAGUUCUAUGAUGUUGCUAAGGGGGAGGUGUUCGAAGUACCCAUCGGAGGCGAUUUUCGGGAUGACGAUAGGUUGAUCACGGAGGUUGUGUGGGCCGGUAGUAGUGGGAAAGUGAUCGUGCGGUCCACGAACCGUGAGAGCGACAUCUUGAAGACGAUCAUUAUCGAUGCGAGGAAGCGUACGGGGAAGACUGUAAGAGAGAGGGACGUGCAGAAAUUGGAUGGAGGCUGGUUUGAGGUUUCUGAAACGACUACUUAUGUUCCGGCCAAUCCGGCAGAGGGGAGAGAGCAUGAUGGGUAUAUUGAUACCGUAAUCCACAACGGCAACGACCAUCUGGCAUAUUUCUCACCACUGGAGAGUCCGGACAUGCAUAUGCUUACGGAAGGCGACUGGGAGGUUGUGAAGGCCCCAUCAGCUCUGGACUUUGAUGGAAAUAUGGUCUACUUUGUCGCCACGAAAGAUGGGGAUACCCAGAGGCAUGUCUACAGCCUUAAUCUGCGCGAUGGGAAGGGUAGUAUCAAAGCUGUGACCGAUACAUCGCAGAUUGGAUAUUAUGAGCCUUCCUUCUCUCCGGCAGGAAAGUUCAUGUUACUUUCGUAUCAAGGCCCGCAUAUACCAUGGCAGAAAGUCGUCUCCACACCUACCUUGCUCACCGAGCCACCACUUGAGAUCACUAUCGAGACGAAUGCACAACUCGAGGCACUGGCAAAGAAGACGGAGCUACCGAUUGAAGUCUACUCGACGAUCAAAUACAACGGCUUCGAACUCAACGUCGUUGAACGUCGACCUCCUCACUUUGACGAAAGGAAGAAGUAUCCCGUCCUCUUCUUCCUGUACAACGGCCCAGGAUUUCAGCAGGUGGAUAGAAAGUUCAGCGUGGACUUCCAAUCCUUCGUCGCUAGUAGUCUCGGCUACAUCGUCAUUACAGUCGACGGCCUAGGCACGGGUUUGAAGGGACGAGCGCACCGCUGUAUCGUCCGCGGCAAUAUUGGUUAUCAUGAAGGUAUGAGCCAGAUCGCUGUCGCCAAGGAGUGGCAGAAUAAGAAGUACGUGCUCGAGGAUAAGAUGGCCAUAUGGGGCUGGAGCUACGGCGGGUUUAUGACCCUCAAGACGCUUGAGCUGGAUGCUGGGGAGACGUUUCGCUAUGGCAUGGCGGUGGCGCCUGUCACGGAUUGGGCGUACUAUGAUUCGAUUUAUACGGAACGGUACAUGCACACGCCGCAACACAACCCCUCCGGCUACGCUAACGCCACGAUCUCAAACAUGACCGCCCUUUCUCAUAACGUCCGCUUCCUAGUCAUGCAUGGCUACAGCGAUGACAACGUGCACUUCCAGAACACGCUCAGUCUGCUGGAUAAGCUGGACCUGGCGAAUGUGAGGAAUUACGAUGUCCAUGUGUUCCCGGACUCGGAUCAUAGUAUUUACUUUCAUAAUGGGAAUCGGGUGGUUUAUGAGAAGUUGAGGGAUUGGUUGAUUAAUGCUUUUAAUGGGGAGUGGUUGAGGACGGAGGAUCCGAAGCCGAUUAGUAUGGAUGAGCUGUGA